GGAGCUGUGUUUCAAUAUGGACGCCACCAUGGAACAGGUGGAAUCGUUUGCAAACGAUGACAGUACAACAGCUGAUAUUAUUACCUGUCUGGAGAAAUGUGGUUGUUGCCCAAGAUGCAUAUUUAGAUUUCUGGGAGAAAAAAGUGCAUCAAGGUUUAAGUGUUACCAAGAGACAUUAAAGGAGACCCUAAAUGACAUGAAGAAGAGAUCGUCUGCUGAACCAGAUACAAGUGACAACAUAGAUGUUGAUAUGAGUCCAAGUAAUGAUCAGCCUUGUCCAGCCUGUCUCGGUAUACUACAACAGUAUCUGGACAAACCAUUCUUAACAAAGAUAAAAGAUUAUGUGACUAAAGCUGAGUACGAGUUUAAAAGUUUCCUGUGUUCUCUGACUGUACCUGUGUGUGUCCUGAUACGAGAGAGAGCCGUUUUAGUACACUUACGGGAUAAAUUCAAGUCAGUGUAUGAGAGCGUGACGGAGGCUGACAUUGCAAGGGUCAAGGAUGUCUGGAAGUGGACGGCUGGACCGUUGCUUGGAGAUUCUCUACUUGUACCAUUUGAUCAAAAGAGUAAUUUUGAUAUUGCUUUAAUGUUCAAUUACCCGAGGACAUUUAAGGAGUGUGAGAUGUUUCUCGAUUACCAACCAGAUGUGUUUAAAAGGAGAAAGUUCAAGAGGGGCCAGGGGGAGCUGUUUAACAGGGCUAAUGUGGGCAAGGCACUAAAGGAAAUGUCAGACCAGCGGCUCAGAAGGGCGUUUCAGAUCCCCCCUACCAUACCUAAAGUUAUCUGUGAGUGUGAUGAUAUUCGCUGUACGCGGGAACCUUUGUACAUUGCCGGUAGGUAUAACAAGUACAAUCGCUUCCUCAGUCAGACGCCGUGGUUUGUGGACGGGAAACGUAAGAGUGAAUCGUCGGUUGAGGAAAAGAUUUGUGACCAUCUAAAGAAACAUUUCAAUCACUCAGACUCCAAGUUCUCAGCGUCGGGACGAGAAGAUGUUGACGUUCUCAUGCUCGGCACAGGUCGACCAUUUGUUGUGGAGUUGUUGGAUCCUCAUAAAGUGACAUUUUCCAAGGAAGCUGUUAAAAACAUACAAAAGGAGAUAAAUGCUGCUUCCUCUGAGGUACAAGUGAGACACUUACAAAUCGUUACCAAAGAAGCGACGAACAACCUGAAGGAGGGAGAGAUGGAGAAAACGAAGACGUACUCCGCCCUCUGUUGGAGUGCUGCAGUGUUACCACAGGAAAAACUAGAGGAAAUCAGUUCUAUGACAAAUGUUGUGUUACAUCAGAAAACACCGAUACGAGUCCUACACAGACGUCCAUUGGCCACAAGGGAGAGAACUGUGUACACAAUGUCUGCUGAGAGAAUCGAUGACCACCACUUCAAACUAAACCUUGAAACACAAGCGGGAACGUAUAUAAAAGAGUUUGUUCAUGGGGACUUCGGCCGGACCACACCAAACAUGAGCACAUUGACAGGGGUGGAAUGUGACAUCUUUCAGCUAGAUGUGCUAUCUGUAUUACUGGACUGGCCCGCUUCCCUUGAAGACAGCUGAUAGCACUAGUGUUGACAGAAACGUGACAGCCACCGAAGUCUGUACAGCCGACUUGUGUUGAUCUGGUACAGUGACAGGAUAGGUCAGGAAUGUGUUACCAUGGAAACAACUAUGGCACAAUACACUGACGGAAUAUUUUAAUUGAAUUAGGCAUCUUGCAAUUAAACAAAAAUC